AUGGAAUGGCGUGCGGGGUAUGGGAGCAAGUUUGAGACACAGCGGGUUUCACUCAUUAUACGUCAAUUACACGAAGCAAAAGAGACAAUGCCAAUCAAUAUCUUUCAAAUUUGUGAAUAUGUUCAGCGUUUCUACGCAAGAUCCUGUGAUACUAUAUUGUGUGUCUUAAUAUCGCAGAAUGCCAAUAAGCUUUCUUUCCUUUCUGGCGAUUCCGUGAGAGAUGUGAGCCGGCAAGGUCAAGGAGCCCAUGGAGAAGGAAGCCGUGCGAGGAAGUGA